CCUUCCAAGUCUGGUAGCCUUGCGACGACAAGCCGCGGUAUUCGUCCGCGUAAGGCUGGUCGUCGUACAUGGCAGAAUCUUGGCUGUAGGAAGAACUUAUUGCGCGAUUUCUAUCCAUAGCUCUGGAGUAGAUCUGGGAGUCUGCUGCGAGAGGUUGUGGCGUGUGUUCUAUUCGAGUGUACAAAAUCAGAGGUGAGGCUACCUGAAGAAGGUAAGGGAGGGAUCUUGAUCACGUGAUUGACAUGAUAAUAAUGUAUUAUUUAAUAGGUAAAAACAGCUUGAAUUGGAGUCUAAGUUCUAAGCCUAGCUUGUUUAUCUAUAAGCUGAUUAAGUGAAUCUAUGUCCUAAGUACCUUAAGUCGCAUCGCCGUCGCCGUUUCACUCGCUGUGCAAUCACUUGUAACUGAAUCCGCCACAAGAGAGUUCUUUCUAGCUUCCUCACGCACACACACUCUCUUCCGAUCCUAUGGAAAGCUGGCUGAGACAGUCUGGAGUGUCAGGCUUGAAUGACUUAGAGCUUGCCGACUUCUCGGAUACUGGCCGCGGUGUCAGAACGCUACGGCAAUUCGAGGAAGGAGAAAGGAUUCUCACCAUUCCACAUGGCAUUCUCUGGACAGUCGAACACGCAUAUGCUGAUCCCCUCCUUGGGCCAGCCCUUCUCUCUACACGGCCGCCCUUGUCUGUCGAUGACACCUUGGCUACGUAUAUUCUCUUCGUCAGAUCUUGCCGGUCGGGAUACGAUGGCCUGCGAAGCCAUGUGGCGGCGCUGCCUGCGAGCUACACUUCAAGCGUCUUCUUUGUGGAGGCCGAGCUUGAAGUUUGCUCGGGAACUUCGCUCUACACUAUCACGAAGCAGCUGAAUCAACAGAUCGAGGACGAUCAUAGGGAAUUGGUAGUGCGACUGUUUGGACGACAUCAAGAACUGUUUCCACCCGACAAAUUCACCACCCAAGAUUACAAGUGGGCUCUCUGCACCGUGUGGAGUCGUGCGAUGGAUUUUAAGCUACGCGAUGGAAAGUCGAUUCGACUUCUGGCGCCCUUCGCGGAUAUGUUGAACCACUCGCCUGAGGUUAAGCAGUGUCACGUCUACGAUGGCUUGUCUGGAAACCUCUCUGUUCUUGCCGGGAAAAACUACGAAUUUUUGGGAGAUCAGCUCUUCAUCAACUAUGGGCCUAUUCCAAACAAUCGUCUGCUACGUCUCUAUGGCUUUGUCGUUCCCGGUAAUCGCAACGAGAGCUAUGAUCUCGUUCUCACGACACAUCCCAUGGCGCCAUUUUUCGAGCAGAAGCACAAACAUUGGAUAUCAGCUGGGCUCGAUUCGACCUCUACCAUCUCUCUUACGCUCACCGAUCCGCUGCCAAGAAACGUCCUUCGAUACCUCCGUAUUCAACGGCUACAGGAAUCGGACCUUGCUAUAAUUGCGCGUCAUCAAAGCGAUGCUGCAGUUGAAAAAAUCAGCGAUUCAAAUGAAGUGGAAGUCCUACAGUUUCUAGUAGAAUCGAUCUCUGAUCUUCUCGAUGGUUUCGGAAUUCAACUCGAAAAGCUGGAAGAGCAACUCGCGGAAGGGUUCUAUUCUCCAGGGGGGAACGCAUGGUCUGCGGCGCAUGUCAGUUUGGGUGAGCAGCGGGUGUUGAGAUUGACAAGAAAGACAGCAGAGGAUUUGCUGGCGGCGGUAGAGACCGGAAGUGGAAAUAAGAGGGGCCUAUCGUCGACACCGGCCCAAUGCGCGAAGUGCAAAGAGGCUUCUGUGCAGUUGAUGCUGUGCGGAAGGUGCAACAAGGUUUCAUACUGCGGGCGGGCUUGCCAGGUCGCCCAUUUCAAAGAGCACAAGGCAAUUUGUCGAGCUACAGCGGCUAAGAAUGGUUCUGAAAGGGAUUAA